AUGAAGCCAGUUGGAAAAGUGCUUUGUGCUGCAGCGAUCGUAGCUGGGCUGCUAGCUUUCUUCUGGAAAGACCCUUUUAACCCAGAGAGCUUGUCAGGUGCCCGCGUUCUCCUGACUGGAGCCAGUGCUGGGAUUGGAGAGCAGAUGGCAUAUCAUUAUGCCAGAUUUGGUGCUGAAAUUGUUUUGACUGCUAGGAGGGAAGCUGUAUUGCAGAAGGUGGUGGAGAAAUGCCUGACACUUGGAGCAAAGAAAAUAUUUUAUAUCCCUGCAGAUAUGUCUUCCCCUUCAGAGCCUGAAAAGGUGGUUCAGUUUGCUGUUCAAAAACUAGGGGGACUGGAUUACCUGGUAUUGAACCACAUUGGCAUGACCCGUUUCCAGAUGUGGGCUGGAGAUGUGGAAUAUACCCGCUGGCUCAUGCAGGUGAAUUUCUUCAGUUAUGUGGCACUCGCAACAGCAGCUCUUCCCACCCUGGAGAAGAAUAAAGGCUCUCUGGUGGUUGUUUCUUCCCUCACAGGGAAAAUACCCACUCCCUUCACCACUUCUUAUUCUGCCACCAAGUUUGCACUGGAUGGAUUCUUCAGCUCAUUGCGCCAUGAACUCAUCAUGCAGAAGAGAAACAUCUCUAUCACACUGUGCAUCCUGGGCCUGAUUGAUACCGACUCAGCAUUAGAGAAUACCAGGGGCAAAGUGCACCUAACUGCUUCUCCUGCUCCUGAAGCUGCACUCGCCAUCAUCUGGGGGGGUGCCACACGGGUGCAGGAGGUUUUCUACCCAUGGUGGCUGCAGUACACAUGCUGCCUCUGGGUUUUGUUCCCCCAUGACCGGGACCAGGUUUUACAGAGUUACUAUAACUACAGCAGUCCUUAA